AUGAAGCUCUUCAUCACUUUGGCCCUCCUAGUUAGCAGUACCUUGACUACAGCCCUGCCUGCGCCGAGCAAUACUGUAGACUCCGAUGCUAUAGUCAACUCGCCAAUACACCAAGCCUACAUUAAGGGCGCUUUUUCCAACAUUGGCGGGUCUUCUCGAAACGACACCCGAAACGACCUAAUUGACGGCAAGUGUAACGAUGUUAUCGUCAUUUUUGCCCGGGGCGCGACAGAGCCUGGGAAUAUUGGGACCAUCCUGGGGCCUCCGUUUUUUGAUGCGAUUGAGAAGGUUGAGCCUGGCAGAAUUAUUGCUCAGGGAGUCAAUGAUUACCCUGCAGAUAUUUAUGGAUUUCUCACUGGUGGAUCCAUGACUGGUGCUCAAUACAUGGCUUCUAUGGUCUCCCUUGCAGCAUCUCAAUGCCCGGAAUCCAAGGUCGUUCUUUCCGGUUACAGCGAAGGAGCACAAGUCACUCACCUGGCUGCGGGUUACAUUCCCGAAGAUCUUUACUCAAAUGUUUCUGCGAUCGUUCUCUUUGGAGACCCAGACAAUGGCGACGCCUUCCCCGGCUCCUUAAACGACAACGUCAAAGCCUUCUGUAAUGAUGGGGACCUGAUCUGUCAUGGGCUUCCGAUCGUUCUUGAAGCGCACUUACAUUAUGACCAUGAUGUAGGUAAGGCUGCUGCCUUCGUCGCUGCAAGGGUCUGA